ACAGAGGACACCGGUGUGUGUCAGUAGUGUGUUUGUUGAACAUCAACAUGCUCUUCUUCAGUAAAACAUCAUGUAUUUAUUCUCACAUAUGUCUACUGACACACACGCAGCUCAACAUGGUGACUGCGCAGAGGUUUAGGAAGCUCUCUAACCAGCUCAGAGGCUUGUCUCAUGUGACCGGGCUUCCUCUGUUAAAUACACACACCUACCAGCCUCAACAUAAAUGGGUAGAGAGCAGAGGUGAUGCUGACCGGUGGAGGAGAACCAUCUAUCUGACAUCACCCAAACUAGAAGAAGCCACCUCGGUGCAGAUCAGCGAGCUGACAGAGGCAGCCUAUGAGAAGCUGGCUGAUGAGACGCUGGACGCUCUGGCUGUUUACUUUGAAGACCUGAUGGAGGAACCGUUCACUGGAACAGACUUUGAUGUUGUCAUCUCUAGUGGGGUACUGACAGUGAAGGUGGGUGGAGACCAUGGGACCUAUGUCAUCAACAAACAGACACCAAACAAACAGAUCUGGCUGUCGUCUCCAACCAGUGGACCAAAACGCUACGACUGGACGGGGAAACACUGGGUGUACAGUCACGAUGGCAUCAGCCUCCACCAGCUGCUGUCCAAAGAGUUCUCUCUCAUCUACAAUACCAAGAUGGAUCUAACUGACCUGCCCUAUUCCUGAUACAGCAGGCCUACCAGUGACUCCUGCCUACUGUUGUGAUUCAUGAAACCUGAGAGUACAUGGAAGACAGAGCACAGCAGUGAACAGAAGCCUUUAGAAGAGUAGUUUCAUAUAUUGACAUGUAUCUAUAUUUGUUACCUGUUCUGUUAUUUUCAGUGUAAUUAUGUAUGUCAUGAUAAUAAUGACACAUUAAAUAUUGGAAAACUUACAAAUACACUUUAACAGUAGAAUUCAGCCACUGAGCCACACACUCAUUCACAGCCUUUAUUUAUAUAUGUGUGUCUCCUCCAUGUCCUUAGUGUCCCACACUGUCCAAUCAAUUAACACGUGACCCUACUUCCACCGCAGUCAGCAUUAACAUGUUACCCCUAGCAACAUGAGUUUGAAUGCUUUACAGUGCAGGUGACCUUUUAAAACAUCUCAGCACAGUUCAGUAUAAACAUGUGAGAUCUGAUCGGUAUCCUAGCAACAUCCAUGUUAAUGUAAAUACUAUACUUAGAUAGCUAGCUGUUAACUGCAACAGCUGUUUUCACAGUGGAUAUAUUAUAUUUGAACUCAUCCAAUAUCAGGCAAGUCUUAGUUAAGUUCUAUUUGACUUAUUCAGCAUUGAUAGAGCAGAGAAGUUCGUCUUAUUGUUAGAAAACUAUGAUUGUGCUGAGUGGCAGAACAUUAAAACACAUUUCUGACAGAUGUUAAGUUGUACAGCUGUGUGGUGUCACUGUAGUCUAAGCUCUGUGAUUGGCUCACCUAAAUAUGAUGUCCUAUCCAAACUAAACAUGUACAUGGAACCUUACUCAUUGAUGUCUACAGCUGUUCUCCAGGGAGGCACCACCACCACUCCAUACACCCAAUACCAAUUGUGUGAAUGAAUCAA